CCCUUCGCUACCUACAGAGGAAGGGUCUGGAGACACUGCUAGUCUAAACUUGUGUUCAUGCAGAGAAAUCGACGUCCCAAUCAGAUUGCUUGAACCACGUGUAGCACAAUUUAUCAUGUGACUGUCACAUGAUCUAAAGAAAAAGAUGGCGAAGAGGAGCAGAGAUGAGUACGAGUGCAGAGACAAGAAAACGGCGCUGCAAAAGGAAAGCAUAGAGGCUGCUUUGCUGAUUUGUGCAACUCAGUUUGGGUACGAGACUCUCAAAGAGGAGCAGAAGCGCGCUGUUGUUUCCUUUGUUGAAGGGAACGAUGUAUUUGUAACUCUUCCAACAGGCUUUGGUAAAUCGUUCUGUUACUUUUGUCUUCCUCUCCUUUUUGAUAUACUUUAUAAUAAAACCUCUUGGUCAGUGGCUCUAGUAGUCAGCCCACUAAAUGCUCUCAUGUCUGAUCAAGUACAAUUAUUGAAAUCUAAGGGGAUAUCAGCUGUUAUUUGUGGGUACGGUGACAAGGAAGAAAACAAAUCUCUAGUAUCAGGUGGAACAUUUCAAAUUGUUUUUACUCCUCCUGAAAUUCUUUUUGAUAAGGAAUGGACAGAAGUUUUUCGUAGUUCAUCAUUGCAUGACAGAUUGGUGGCUUUUAUUGUGGAUGAGGCUCACUGUGUAAAAAAAUGGGGUAAAGAUUUUAGGAAAGAUUAUAGUAAAUUGGGUGGUUUACGUGGAUUAUUGCCAUCUGGUGUUCAUUUCAUGGCCCUUACGGCUACUGCGUCCAACUUCACUAGAAAUGAAGUAAUUCGUUCACUUGGGAUGACUAAACCUGUCAUGAUUAUUAGAUCACCGGACAAGCCUAAUCUGUACUACAGUGUUAUGGAAAAAACGGAAUCCAUUGAGGAUACUUUCAAGCCUGUAAUUGAGGAGCUACGCAAAUUGCGACACAAUACCAAGAAGACAAUAAUAUUUUGCAGAACUUAUCAAGACUGUUGUGAUUUAUAUCUCACUUUUCGUUCUUCCUUAGGAGUUGAGUUUACCAAUCCCAUUGGAGCACCUGAUUAUUCUAUUUUCCGGAUGGUAGAAAUGUUUACAGCUGUUAAUACACCAAGUUUGAAACAAUCCAUCCUAGCAUCAUUUUCAAAUCCUAGGGGGCAUAUGCGUAUUGUUAUCGCUACAGUAGCAUUUGGCAUGGGGAUAGACUGUGCAGGUGUGAGAAGAAUAAUUCAUUGGGGUGCUCCAUCUGAUGUCGACUGCUACAUUCAAGAAACAGGCAGAGCAGGUAGAGAUGGUGAUAGAGCCUUUGCUGAUCUUUAUUAUUCGAAACGUGACAUUGGCGUUACAUUUAUGGAAGACUGUAUGAAAAACUAUUGUACAAAUAGAUCUAUGUGUCGUCGAGAGUCACUUUUCCAAUCAUUUCAAUCAUAUUCACCUUUACAAAAACCCAUUGGUUGUUUAUGUUGUGAUUUGUGUGCAAUUGUAUGUGAAUGUAGUUUUUGUAAAUUUUAAAUUAAAUUCAGAUAUCAUUGUACUUAUAAUUAACAAU